AUGGAUGUUCGGGUACCAGUAUGUCCUAUUUGUCAGAAACCAGUACCAGCAAAUAGAGGAGAGGAUCCAAAUAUUAGGAUGAAUGAGCAUAUUCAAAAUAAUUGUUCAGACUUAAGGUCUAAAAAUGACAACACAUGUAGAAAAAAAGGCUGUACUACAAAAAUGUUAGUACCUAUGCAAUGCCCUGAAUGUGGACUCUCUUUCUGUGUAAAGCAUCGACUUGCAAUAGAUCAUCAAUGCAAAGGGAAAGGAGCCACUCUUGUGAAUAACAGUAAAUUAUUAUCAUCGACAAACCAUAAGCUAUCCUCCUCGAAACCACAAUCCACUUCAAGAGUUGAAAUGGAAAGACAAAGACUAUCAAGAGUUCAUAAACAAAAGCAGGAGAUUGCUCGUUUACAGCAAAAAGUAAAACAAGGAACAAUUACAGAUAAUGAACAAGUACAAUUAGCAAAACUUUUGUCAAUGAAAAAUGAUAAUAAUAAAGACGGGAAAUGCAUUAUCUGUUAA